AAGCGGAGCUCCAGAAGUCUCGUGACGCGUCGGUACUGCGUGCGUGUGACGCGCGUCGGGGAAGGAGAGCGCGCUGCAGCACUGCUGGAAAGGAGGAGGAAACAGGGAUGGCGGAGUCACACCUCUGAAGCCAAAGGAUGUGAAUCCCGGCGACCCGACUGUGUAAAACAGCUCUAGUCAAGCCAAGACAAAGAGUGGAGUUAAAACAAGCAUGAGGCUGGUGGCCUCCACACCAACUACAGCAAACACGCUUCACCCCAAUGGAGUUUUAACCCCUGCAGGAGUACAGACUGCCUCGGUGAAGGAAAACAGGUAUGUAUGAGCACACACUGAUAUAGCAACCCCUCCCUUUGGUUCUGCCCUCGAACAUCGAACAAAAUACAAGAGCGAGAGAACAGAGAGAUAAAACUGAGGGUCCCAUGUGCCAUUGGACUGCGGGGCUUUCGCCAUGAGCAGUACUCUGGGCAAAGAUAAAGACUCUAAGGAGAGGGAACCCAAAGCUGAAGGGAAAUCCAAAACCAAAGGGAAAGAUGCCAAAGAUGGGAAGAAAGACACAAGCGGUGCUUCGCCCGCGGUGGCCUUUACCUUGGACAGCACGAUAAAGCGGCCCAAUCCGCCGCCCAGCACGCGCAAAAAAUCCAGCAAUGCCGAGGUCAUCAAGGAGCUGAACAAGUGCCGCGAGGAGAAUUCGAUGCGCCUGGAUUUGUCCAAGAGAUCCAUCCAUCUGUUGCCCUCGUCCAUCAAGGAGCUGACCCAGCUGACCGAGCUCUACCUGUACAGCAACAAGCUGCAAAGCCUGCCGCCCGAGGUGGGAUGCCUGUCAGGAUUGGUGACGCUGGCGCUCAGUGAGAACUCUCUGACCAGCCUACCUGACUCGCUGGACAACCUGAAGAAGCUGCGGAUGCUCGACCUGCGGCAUAACAAGCUGCGGGAGAUCCCGGCUGUGGUGUACCGCGUCAGCUCCCUCACCACACUCUACCUGCGCUUCAACCGCAUCACCACCGUAGAGAAGGACAUCAAGAAUCUGUCCAAACUCACAAUGCUGAGCAUCCGAGAGAACAAGAUUAAACAGCUGCCCGCAGAGAUCGGUGAGCUCUGUAACUUGAUCACGCUGGAUGUAGCCCACAACCAGUUGGAGCACCUUCCUAAAGAGAUUGGAAAUUGCACUCAGAUCACCAACCUUGACCUGCAGCACAAUGAUCUUCUCGAUCUGCCUGAGACUAUAGGUAACUUGGCAAGUAUAAACCGUCUAGGUUUGAGGUAUAACCGCCUAUCAGCGAUCCCUCGAUCUUUAGCAAAGUGCAGAGAGCUGGAAGAGCUCAACCUUGAAAACAACAACAUCUCGGUUUUACCAGAGGGGCUUCUCUCCAGUCUGGUGAACCUGACAAGUCUGACGCUGGCGCGAAACUGUUUCCAGUCUUACCCAGUGGGCGGCCCGUCCCAGUUUUCCACCAUCUAUUCUCUCAACAUGGAGCACAACCGUAUCAACAAGAUCCCUUUUGGCAUUUUCUCUCGAGCAAAAGUGCUUAGCAAGCUCAAUAUGAAGGACAACCAGCUAACAUCUCUGCCACUGGAUUUUGGGACGUGGACCAGUAUGGUGGAGUUGAAUCUGGCAACAAACCAGCUUACUAAGAUUCCAGAGGACAUCUGCGGCCUUGUGUCUUUAGAGAUGCUUACAUUGUCCAACAACCUGUUGAAAAAGUUGCCUUAUGGGAUUGGCAACUUAAGGAAACUACGAGAGCUUGAUCUGGAGGAGAACAAACUGGAGUCUCUCCCUAAUGAGAUUGCCUACCUUAAGGAUCUGCAGAAACUCGUAUUGACCAAUAAUCAGCUGACAACUUUGCCGAGAGGAAUCGGUCACCUGACCAACCUGACGUACCUGGGCUUGGGAGAGAACCUGCUGCAGCACCUUCCCGAGGAGAUCGGCACAUUGGAGAAUCUGGAGGACCUGUACCUGAAUGACAACCCCAACCUGCACAGUCUGCCAUUCGAGCUGGCGCUGUGCAGCAAACUGUCCAUCAUGAGCAUAGAGAACUGCCCGCUCAGCCACCUGCCGCCACAGAUCGUCGCCGGAGGCCCUUCCUUCAUCAUCCAGUUCCUCAAGAUGCAGGGCCCCUACCGCGCCAUGGUCUGAGACGCUCGCACACUGUACAGAGGAAACCGAUUUCGGCGUUAGCUUCACGUCAUUAUAUCUAGAACAACAAAACAAAACUGCGUGACUGGGAGGAAUCGUAGCCAGUUAUAGGUCCCAGUAGAAAACAACGUCUAGACAUCUGUUGCCAAAAUUAAUGUACAUUAGUGAUUCCGAAGAGGCGCUCGCAAAAUUUGUCAAUCAUUUUUGCCAAUUUAUUGAAAGUCGUUAGGGGUUUCGAUGCCAGGAAACAGUUGUAUGCAAAAACAACAUUUUUACACGUUCAUUUUUGCUGCUGCUGCUGCCGCCAUACUGUAUGUGAGUUGUUUUUUUAUUUCAUUUAGCCAGAGAUUCUCUCGUUUUUUUAUCAUCCCACAACCAAAAGAUUUUUAUUGUACAGAGGACCUGUUUGGAAGCAGUGAACAAAAUUUUAGUGUUUUUAUUAAUUUGAUUUAUUUUCAUUGUUGUCGUCGUUUUAGAAUUGUGCCUAUCCAGUGCAGUUGGGUGGUUUGUGACUGAACAUAAUUAUCCAAGAGGAUUUUAAUACAAAAGGAUACAUUUACGAAAGUAUAAUUUAUAAAGUAAUUCCUUUUUCAGUUAUGAAUUAUUAUAAUUUUUUAAAAAAUAUUCAUUCCUGUUCGCUUUUGGGACGUGUUGUCACGCUUGAUGUUUUAACAUUUUAUUUCUGCGAUAUAGUGAAGCAACAGAAGAAUCAAACUUUUUUUUUUUUUAUGAACGCAAUCACGUCGAGCUUAAGGGAGGAGGUGGUGGGGGUUGUGAGUGUUUACUUGUUUGCCAUAUCCACAGUGUUGCGCUCUGCUUGUGUCCUAUCGGUGAGAAUUUGCAUCUACGUAUCAGGUGCUUGAUCAGUGCUAGCGGUUUAAGGCCCACGUUUACUGUGAGGAAUGCCAAACGCCCAUUCAACAUCAGUUUAGUUUUAUUAUUCCACAUUUGAAGGAUCUCCUUGUUAGUUUCAAACUUAAGCCCCAUGAUUUACACUCAUAGGAUAUCAACCAAUGGUUACAGGAUUAUUUGCACCAUUUUUAUUUCCACACACCGCCCCUCUUAUGCUGCUGCUUUUAAUGCACUUUGUAUUGAUAUUUGGCAUCCUCUCAUGUAAAAGGGUCGCAAUUUUUUUUUUUCAUGUUACCGAUUUAACGUAUGGAUGGGGCAUUUAUUAUUAUUAUUAUUUCUGAAGUAUUUUAUCUUUAUUUUAAUUCUCUAUCAUGUAUAUUUUAUAACGAUGACUGAAACUAAUUUGCCUUCGCAAAUUCGAACGUUAACAUUCUACUAUUAUUUCUUGAUUUUUAUUUUUUCUUCCAAGGCUUUGAUGCUAUUAAAUGUUUUGAUUUAAACUACUGUCUCACUAGUUUUGUUUCUGUAUAUUUAAAAAAAAAUUCAUAUCAGUUUCAAAUGGUGCAGAUCAAGUAUUGCGAUUUAAUAAGACUUUUUGUGUUUUGAUCACCCAAACUUGCAAUUUUUUAGUUUUGAGCGCUGCACGACAAGCAGAAACAGUAUAUGUAGUAGCCACUAAAGAGCUGAUCCCAAUGUCGGCACGAUUUGGUCAUCCCAAGUAGACUUUUUCUGAUCCCACACCCUCUCUCCAAAACGCUGCUUUCUGUCCAGCAAAAAAAAAAAAAAAUUUUAAACUUGUUCCCUUCAGAAACACGUCAGUACAUUUUAGUAAUUAUUAUUUUAAGUGAUGUUUUGCAAACUAAUUUCGAGAAGAUCAUAUGAUAUGAUUGACCGCAGCUGAUCCCUAUCACUAAUCGUUAGCCAGCCAAUUGGAUUAUUUCGAAUUUAACAUAAAUAUCCAGGUUAAUUUUAUUACCUAUCUUCGUUUUGGAAGAGCAAGAAGGUCACUGAUUUAAGUCCUAGCUGAGCCAGUCGGCACUUCUGUGCGGAGUUUACAUGUUUUUUUCCGUGUUUGUGUGGGUUUCCCCCGGGUACUCCGAUUUCCUCCCACAGUCUAAAAUCAAACGACACAAGUAAAUUAAAUAAUAGUAACAAUCACAAUCACUUAAUGUGUACGCAAUGAUGUGGUUGGCGGUUUGUUCCUAAAGAGACCUCUUAUUAGUCAAGGUUUAGGCUAAACGAAUCGCAGGAGCUCUCGAGAAGUACCUGAUCUCCUACCCCUCUUAAUGCUCAUUGACCAGGCGGGAGCCUUGGGCAUGUCUAUCUCCGAGCUCACGGUUUUUCUCCCGGGACAGCAUGCCAAACCUGCUAACAACGUCAAGCAUUAUCUUAAGUGUAAACUCGUUAAGUACAAUUAAGUACAUUCUUUUAAGCUUUACAUACUUUAGGUUCAUCAGGACAAUACGUUUCACUUAUUUUCUCUAUUGUUUUAAGUAGGGCUGCACGAUUUUGUAAAAAUUAUAUUGUGAUAUGUUAUUUUUUGAUGAGUAAUAUUUCACGAGAUGGUUUGAAUAGCUCUAUUUGAUGGUUUUCUGGGGAGUCUUAACAGUAUUCAGGUACACAAAUUGAAUGAUCACAAUGCAAAAAAAUGCUUCGCUUUACUUUGCUUUGUCUUGUUUUUAUUCCAAAUAUCCUUAAAAGUCUUAGACCACGUAAAAAUAUUAUUUAGUUUUCACUGUAAGAAGAAAUUCAAGAGUUUACACUUAGCCCUAGCUUUCAGCUUGUAAGAUUCUCGUACCCUGGGCUCCCUCCCAUUAGCAGGGCAAGAGGGGAGUUUGAGCUCAGGUAGAUCUCGAUGUACUCCCCCGACUUAUUUCUGGCUGAAGGCAGAUAUAAGAUGACUAAGGAGAUAUACGGCUUGCUAAGAGCUUGACUAUAAUGCCAAUUUGGUAUGUUCAAUUUAGUUAGGUUGCGUGUUUUUUGGACUUGGAUGAGAACCAGUGGAAAAACAACAUGAGUACGGGGAGAAUGAGCAAACUCCUCACAGACAUGCCAACUGGUUUAGUAGGGACUUUAACCAGAGACAUUUUUUUAUUGUGAGACAACAAUGCUAAUCACUGACCUGCCUUGUAGGUACUGAGAUAAGAAACUGGUUAUUUAUAUUUGUUGAAUCAGCGUUAUCUAAUGAGGGACCAGCUGUGAACAAUCAUAAGCAUGUGAUCCUCUCGAAAUGAGUUUAUAAAUAAACUUCACUAAGUGAAAAUUAAGAGUUUUUUUGCCAGCGUGGCAAGUUAAAUAAUUUAGUUUUCGCUUUAAAAUGUAGCUAUUUGGGUUAGAAAAAUAGCAAAAAAUUUAAGUAAGAAAUGUUUUUUUGCAUAAAUCAUAAACAUUUUGUAAAAAAAUACAGUGAAUAAAUUCAAUUCAGUAGCUCCUGGUGAACUAAAACUAUUCAGACUGGGCAUAGCAUGUCUUUGCGAUGUGACUAUUUGCGGAUGCGCACAUUGCGAUACCGAUGCUGAAACUAUAUAGAUCAUAUCAAUGUGGUCAUGUUAUUGGCCCAUGAACAUGUCCAUCUUGUUAUCAAACUAUUUCAUAACUAACAAAAGGCAAUUCAAUCAUUGUUUUAGUUUACAUCCGUCAAAAUGGUCUAUAUUGUGCAGCCCUAGUUUUAAAGAUGUAAAGCACAAUUUACUCAUUCGUUUUUAGUACAUUGUUAGCUUGAUUUACUAAUUCGUAAAAUUAGAUUUCCUUGUAUUCUAUACAUUGUAUGCAAAAAAAUUUUUUACGCAUUCCUUCAUUUUCAGCACUUUCUCAUUUGUUUCAAGUACAUUUUGGGCAUGAUUUACUAACUUGUCAUUUCAAUUUACUGAAAGAUUUCUGUAAACAGUACAGCCAAUUUAUUUUAUUCUACCACCACAUGUCUUAGGACUGUUGGCGAAACCGAAGCACCCAGUGAAAACCCAAUGCAAACAUGGGGAAAACAUGCAAACUCUACUACCAGUAACCUUGCUGUGGGGCGACAGUGCUAACCACUGAGCCUCCAUGCCGCACUAUUUUUAAGUCAAAUUAUAAUAUGUGGCUGCAAUAUAAAUACAUAUUUUGCUUGUUAUGUGCAGGCCCCAUUUUUAUUUUUAUUUUACAUAUAUCAAGUGACUGUAAAUUUCCAUUUUCACUUUAGUCUCAUCAAGCCAAAUGUAUUUAGUUUUGUGUCUAGUCCACGCUAUUUUAUUUUAUUUUUCAUCUUCGUUCCCUCACUCUAUCCUUUUAUUGGUAAAGACGUUUUGUAAAUUGGCAGCAGUGUAAAGGCUUCGGAGAGGCCCUUCGCAUUCAUGGGGCCAUGAAAAAAAGACACAAAUCGCUGCUUUUUUUUAUCAACCAGCAGAACCUGUUGCUGCUUUAUGGACCUCCUAGAAAUGUAAUGCUGUACAAGAACCGGCUCAGAUGAGAUGUUACGGACUGUUUUUUUGUUUUGGGCCGGUUCGACCAGCACAGACGUUCUGCUUCAGAUGAAAUCCCUGUUCGGCCCAUACAGUGCAUAUCUUGCACCAGAUGCAGACUCUGAAUAUAAACAAACAAACUAAAAGAAGACAAAAAUACAAACAUUGUAAAAAGGGCUUUCUCUGUUCAUGCUUAAAUAUACACCAGAGGCAUUGCAUUCCUGGUUUUGUAUAAAAGCUUAGAACUGUACAUUUGAGUUUUCUUUUGUGUGCGUGCGUGCGUGCGAGUGUGUGUGAGAGAAUAGUUAGAUGUUAACAAAAUGGAAUUAUUAUGUGACAAUAAAUGCCUUUGAGUACUUCAAGUGA